AUGCGAGCAGUGUCGGGGCCCCAGGGUGCGCCUCUUUCGCGCGAAAAGCAUCGAGCGGUGCAGCAAACGCGCGUCUGCGGGCGCUGCCGCCCCACGCGGGUCACAAACUUCGGGAGAGACGGGCCCGCGCCCGCCCAGCCCGCGGCACGGCGUCCGUCGCCGCCGCUCAGUGGCAGCGGCUCCGCCGCGCGUCGCGGGGCUGUCAGCAGCAGCCGCGCGGGCAUUUUCCACGUGGGUGUAGUGGAUCUCGGCUGGUCCGGGCGGACCGUAACCUGUCGGGCGCGCUCUGUCCCGCCCGACCGCGGCUUUCCGCAGCGCGGGACAGGGAGCACCCGCACUCCUGCCCCUGCCGCUGCGGAGGUUUGCCCAUCCGCUGGCGGCAGGGAGGCGAGGCUGAACGAGGGGAAACAGCCUCAGGCUUGCGGACAGCGGGGGAUACACCAGGGAGCGGGAAUAAAGUCCUGCGGAGGGCCGAGCGGCAGCGGAGCGCUGCAGGGCGCUCGGCGACAGCUUCCAGUACAAGGCUUCUUCUGCAGAGAAACUGCCAGCUGUACAUGCGUGCUGGUUUGGCACUGGGACAGCACAUUCUCUAGAGAGUGGAAUGAAACCACAAACUCCUUUUGCUUAUGGAGUAAACCCCUUUCCAUGAAGCAGGACCCUACUUCGGAUCAACUCAUUAUCCCGAAUAAACGAUGUGUCAUUCCCAUUAUUUAUGUUUCACUGCAGCCAAAGUAUCUGGACCUCGUUUUGAUCCAGGACGGGUCAAAGUUGCUUUACAUCACCUUGGCUGGUUCCAAAGGAAAACUUCCAAUGAAAGGAUCAUUGCAACAUUGCCUCUUGAAAUACAUCCAGGACAAAACACAUCCAGGGAUUGCAAGGUGGAGGGAGGAAGCGGGAGCGCGUUGAGCGUGAGCCGCCAGCCGAGCCGUCACCGCGCGGCUCACGGAACAUCCAUCCAUCCUACCCGGGCUCGGGGGGGCCGUGGGAGGCAGGCAGCAGCUUCACCAUCCUCACAGGAGAGAGGUUUAUGGCUAGGGUGCUUUUUUUUUUUUUUUUUUUUUUUUUUUUUUUUUUUAAUUUAUUACUAUUAUUUUCCCCCCUGAGCUUCAAUUUCCAACGACUUAUUUAGAUGUAAGCAACGACAGCUGUAAUCAUGUUUUAAAUCUUGCUUUGUAUCCUUAGUUAUAAUGUUGUUCAAUUAAUAUUCAGAAUAAUGGAAGUGAUGUGCCCCUUUGAAAAAGACUUGAAUGCAGGCCAAAGCUUUGGGAAACUGAUUCUCAAGAGGAUU